AUGAAAAGUGGUGUUGUUAUGCGGGCGGCGGUGAUCAACGUUCUUUACGAGCACUCAUUGAAAUUGACACCCAGGGGACGAGCUGGGCUGACUUCAGGAGAAGUUACCAACCUGAUAGCCGUCGAUACACAAAAACUGUAUGAAGUUGCUCAAGAAGGCCAUUUGAUUUGGGCUCUUCCUCUCUCGAUUACGCUUGUAACCGUCUUCUUGAUACUGAUUCUUGGUCCGAUUACUCUGAUCGGUAUAGCGGUACUGAUACUCUUCGUGCCAUUAGUAGAAAGAGUGACGUCAAGAAUGCUAAAGAUACGACAACGAAGGGCAAAGAUGACUGACCAGCGCGUUGAAAUUGUUAGCACCAUGCUUCAAGGGAUUAAGGUCACGAAGCUGAGCAAUCUAGAAGAAAGCUACGAAACAAGAGUAGCCGAAGCUCGUCAGCUCGAGCUUAAUGAGCUUCGUAAAGAAUUGGCUGUAUGGGCACUGACUCUCGUUAUCACCGUAUCCUCUCCAGUAGUAGCAAGUUCGGCGACAUUUGCUGCGUACGUCUUGGUUGACGAGCGCAAUGUUCUUACCGCGGCAGAAACUUUUUCCGUUUUGUUGCUGUUCGGCGCUCUCCGAUUUCCAAUAAACUAUGCAGGCCGGCUUGCUGGAAAGAUGGUGCAGGCCCUAUCCGCGAUUACUCGCAUUAACUCAUUCUUUGAACGGGAAACGAGAGACGUCGACUUUUCUCUUGUGCCGUCAAAUAACGUUGCUUUGUCUGAGUCAUCGGACAUACCCCUUAUUCUUUCUAGAGCGGCAUUUUUCUUGCAGCCCGCCGAUGAAUGUGUGCGUAACGGACAAGACAACGGAAAGAAGAACAUACACAAGGGAAGCUUUGAGCUCAGCGCGGCGUCGUUCAAAGUCUCGACAUUCGAUUUUACAAUUCGGAAGGGCGAAGUCAUUGCCAUUUGUGGCCCUGUCGGUUCUGGGAAAUCAACGCUUAUUCAUGGUAUAUUGGACGAAGUCCCGUCCAUUGAAGGCACGGAAGUUUCCAGAUAUGGACGAACAGCCUUUGUUCCUCAAACACCGUUCAUUUUAAACACAACUCUAAGAGAAAAUAUUCUGUUUGGGUUGCCUUUCGAAAGUUCCGUUUACGAGCGAGUUCUUGACGUAUGCUGUUUGCGACAAGAUAUUCAACAGCUGGGAGAAUCAAAGGAUCAUACCGAGAUUGGGGAACGUGGGGUGACUCUUUCAGGUGGACAAAAGCAAAGAGUUUCGCUAGCUCGUGCAGCUUACGCAAGGCCCGAUUUAGUUCUUCUUGACGAUCCGCUGUCAGCUCUGGAUGCGGGAACUGCCAAACUUGUGUUCGAACGCCUAAUCAAGUCGACUGGGUCUUACUUCUCGGAUACUGCCGUUGUUCUUGUGACUCAUGCCUCGCAUUUUCUGAACCGAGUAGACAAGGCACUUAUCAUCGUUGGAGGCAAGAAUGAGUUUUAUGGGAGUUGGAAUGAUCUUGCUACCUACCAUGCAAACGACUUCGAAACAAAUGUAGCCAUUGAUUUCUUGCGUACUUCCGUUCAAGAAGUUGCGAGUGAGAGCACCGAUAGCGCGGACCAAAACAAGGAUGAAAAACUCCUGUGUAAGCAAGUGGACGUGAAGGAUACUUUGAUGGCAGCAGAAGAGCGAGAACAUGGUCUUUCCAGUCUUAGUGUUUGGCUCCUAUGGUUCAAGCGCGCUGGAGGCUUUUAUUUCAUUUUCUUUCAAGUUCUUUUCAUGGGUAUCGAUCGUUUUUCUUACGUUGCUACGGAAUAUUGGCUUGCAAGAUGGACGCAAUCUGCGGAUAAGCCAAUCAGCGUGUUUGGUGUAUCCUUUCCAUCCCAAGAAGAGGGUCGCACGGCUCAAUUCGAUUAUCUCAAGGUCUACAGUAGUCUCGCUGGAUUGCUUUCUCAAACUAUUCGAUAUGUUCUUACCUCUACAGUUACCGGUGGAACUCGGGCUGCCAAACAUGUAUUCUCUUCCAUGGUUUACAGCGUGCUACGGGCACCCAUGUCGUAUUUUGAUACCACUCCGAUGGGGAGGAUUCUGAACCGAUUUACAUACGACAUGGAUGUGGUAGACAUUUUGCUGACCCAGUCCAUGAGCAUGUUCAUGAUAUCAUGUAGCUGGUAUUUUGCUGGAGUUAUUGUAAUGUGCACAAUUCUUCCUUGGAUAGCGUUGGCAAUCUUUCCCGUUACAGUGAUUUAUUGGGUGCUGAUGCUGCAUUAUCGAAAAUCAGGAUCAGAUCUACAACGUUUGGAUGCUGUGUCACGUUCUCCUAUCCAAGCGAUGAUAUCAGAAGGGCUCGAUGGAUCGGCCAGCAUUCGAGUAUUCCAACAAGAAUACAAUUUUUUGAAACGAUUUCGUGCAUUGACCGAUCUCAACAGCUCUGCCUUGCUCAAUUUCGUCUCUGCUCAACGAUGGCUGGGUGUGCGUAUCGAGCUGCUGGGUUCUUUGGUAGUCCUUAUAUCUUCAUCAUUAGUUGUAACUUUGAACGAUUCCCUGCGGUUGGAUCCUGGAAUUGUUGGAUUACUCAUUAUCUGGUCGAGUAACUUCACGAUAACCUUGGGGUUCCUGGUAGACACAUUCGCGGAAACUGAAGCUGCUAUUACGGCGAUAGAAAGAGUUGAUGCCAUGGCUGAGCUCCCUCGCGAAAGAUCGAUGAAGACGGACCCAGAACACACUGUGCGCUCAUCUUGGCCAGAGAAAGGUGCGAUCGAAUUUAAGAAUGUUUGCUUGCGUUACCGGGCAGGGCUUCCUUUGGCGUUGGACGGGUUGUCUUUUCGAAUUCCCCCAGGUCUGAGUUGUGGCGUUGUAGGACGCACUGGUGCUGGUAAGAGCUCAAUCUCAGUCGCGCUUUUUCGACUCGUCGAAAUAGAAUUUGGUGAGAUCCUUCUCGACGGUAUAAAUUUGGCUACUUUGGGAUUAUCUGAUGUUCGGGGUCGGCCAAACGGGAUGACCAUCAUUCCGCAGGAUCUAUUCUUGGCCGGUACAACUUUGAGGGAAUGCUUGGACCCUUUUGGUGUACGAGAAGACGAGGACAUCUUGCAAGCUCUCAAAGCAGUUCGUUUGGCAAAGUCGAACGAUUUGGUUUCAAAGCUAGAGACGGCAGUGCACGAAGGAGGCUUGAACUACAGUGUGGGAGAACGGCAACUCUUGAACCUAGCAAGGGCACUGUUGUCCAAGCCCAUGGUGCUGAUUUUAGACGAGGCUACAGCUAGCGUUGACGGGGAGACUGAUGCCUUUAUCCAGCGGAUGUUGCGGACGAAGUUUACUGACACGACGCUAAUCACGGUGGCGCACCGGUUAAAUACUAUCAUGGACUACGACUUGGUUUUGGUCAUGGACCAAGGCAAAGCUGUCGAGCUG